AUGAGGAGCGGCGCCGAGCGCAGGGGCAGCAGCGCCGCGGCGCCCCCCGGGUCGCCGCCCCCCGGCCGCGCGCGCCCCACCGGCCCCGACGCGACCCCCACCCCGCCGCCGUCCACCGCCGGCCAGCCCCGGGCCCGGGACUCGGGCGAUGCCCGCGCGCAGCCGCGCCCCCUGUUUGCGUGGAGCAAGUGGAAGAAGAGGAUGGGCUCGUCCAUGUCGGCGGCCACGGCGCGGAGGCCGGUGUUUGACGACAAGGAGGACGUGAACUUCGACCACUUCCAGAUCCUGCGGGCCAUCGGGAAGGGCAGCUUCGGCAAGGUGUGUAUCGUGCAGAAGCGGGACACGGAGAAGAUGUACGCCAUGAAGUACAUGAACAAGCAGCAGUGCAUCGAGCGGGACGAGGUCCGCAACGUGUUCCGGGAGCUGGAGAUCCUGCAGGAGAUCGAGCACGUCUUCCUCGUGAACCUCUGGUACUCCUUCCAGGAUGAGGAGGACAUGUUUAUGGUAGUGGACCUGCUUCUGGGCGGGGACCUGCGCUACCACCUGCAACAGAACGUGCAGUUCUCCGAGGACACGGUGAGGCUGUACAUCUGUGAGAUGGCACUGGCCCUCGACUACCUGCGCAGUCAGCACAUCAUCCACAGAGACGUUAAGCCUGACAACAUUCUGCUGGAUGAGCAAGGACACGCGCACCUGACCGACUUCAACAUCGCCACCAUCAUAAAGGAUGGAGAGAGGGCAACUGCGCUAGCCGGGACCAAGCCCUACAUGGCUCCGGAGAUCUUCCAGUCCUUUGUCAACGGUGGGACCGGCUACUCCUUCGAGGUGGACUGGUGGUCAGUUGGGGUGAUGGCCUAUGAGCUGCUGCGCGGAUGGAGGCCCUACGACAUCCACUCGAGCAACGCAGUGGAGAGCCUGGUGCAGCUGUUCAGCACAAUGAGCGUGCAGUAUGUCCCCACCUGGUCCAAGGAGAUGGUGGCUCUGCUGCGGAAGCUCCUCACUGUGGACCCCAAGCACCGUGUGUCCAGCCUUCAGGACAUGCAGGCGGCCCCGUCGCUGGCCGGCGUGCUGUGGGACGACCUGAGUGAAAAGAAAGUGGAGCCAGGCUUCGUGCCCAACAAAGGCCGCCUGCACUGCGACCCCACCUUCGAGCUGGAGGAGAUGAUCCUGGAGUCGAGGCCCCUGCACAAGAAGAAGAAGCGGCUGGCCAAGAACAGGUCCCGGGACAGCAGCAGGGACAGCUCCCAGUCUGAGAAUGACUACCUUCAGGACUGCCUUGAUGCCAUCCAGCAAGACUUUGUGAUUUUUAACAGAGAAAAGCUGAAGAGGAGCCAGGAUCCCACGAGCGAGCCCCUGCCGGCACCCGAGGCAGGGGACACGGCGGAGGCCUCGGUGGACAGUGAGGGGGCGCGCCCCGCCCUGCCCAUGUGUGGCUCCAUCUGCCCGUCGGCCGGGAGCGGCUAGGCAGCCUCGCCAGCCUCUCAGAGUGCCAACUCAGGUUGCGUUGGAGACUCAGGGCUGCCAAGGGACAGCACGCUGGGGCAGUGGGUGGAGUCCCAGCUCGUCCACCCCGGAUCCAGGCUGGUGGCCCCCCCAUGCCCUGGCCAUAUUUUUACUGGAACAGUCUGACCGCCGAGCCUACCCUCGGGCUCCAGGUGGCACACGGCAAGAGGCUGUCCGUGUGGCGGGGGUUGGUAGGCAAGGAGGGUGUGCACCACCUGACCACUCCCGUUACCUGCGACGGUGGAGGGGGCACGUGGCCACCCGCCCUGGCCUCACCUCGGGGGGGUCACGGAGGCCAGAGCCGCAUGGCGGGACAGGCGCUCUCGUCUCUCACCACCUCUUGGCUGUACAUAGCCCUCGUUGCCGGCCGUGCCGUGGGCUGUGCGAUGUCUGUGAGCUUGCUACCCCGAGCUGCGGGGUGGCCCAGGGUCUGCUGGGUUCUUGUACAUCAAGGGGGGAGGGUCGCGGGUGUGAAGGUGAGGAAUGUUUUAUAGACGCCAGCUGUUCCAGCAAUUUCUGCUGUGUUCUGUAUAGUUUUCACUCUGAGAAUUACAGUAGGGGAAGUGCUCAUUGU